AGUAACUCAAACCGCAGCACGCCUGCCUGCUCCCCGAUCCUGCGCAAACGCUCCCGGUCCCCAACACCGCAGGACUCCCAAGGAGACACCAUGGUGGAAAAAGGCUCAGACCACUCAUCAGACAAAUCCCCUUCUACGCCAGAGCAGGGUGUACAGCGUAGCUGUUCCUCUCAGUCAGGCCGCAGUGGGGCCAAGAACUCCAAGAAAAGCCAGAGUUGGUAUAAUGUGUUGAGUCCAACAUACAAACAACGGAAUGAAGAUUUCAGGAAACUCUUCAAACAGCUUCCUGACACGGAGCGCCUCAUCGUAGAUUACUCAUGUGCGCUACAAAGAGACAUUCUCCUGCAGGGCCGCCUCUACCUCUCUGAAAACUGGAUCUGCUUUUACAGCAACAUUUUCCGUUGGGAGACACUGCUGACAGUUCGCUUGAAGGAUAUCUGCUCGAUGACCAAGGAAAAAACAGCACGGCUCAUUCCUAAUGCCAUCCAAGUUUGCACUGACACUGAAAAGCACUUUUUUACUUCCUUUGGGGCUCGAGACAGGACGUACAUGAUGAUGUUCAGACUCUGGCAGAAUGCUCUCCUUGACAAGCCUCUCUGUCCAAAGGAGCUCUGGCACUUUGUCCACCAGUGUUACGGGAACGAGCUGGGCCUGACCAGUGAUGAUGAAGACUACGUACCUCCUGAUGAUGACUUCAACACAAUGGGCUACUGUGAAGAAAUCCCCGUGGAAGAGAAUGAAGUCAAUGACAGCUCCUCAAAAAGCAGCAUGGAGGCCAAGCCAGAAGCUAGCCCUCAACUGCCAAAGAAAUCUGUCACUGCCAGCACAUUGACAUCUACGGGAAGCAGCGAAGCGCCAGCCUCGUUUGAUGGGGUGCUACCAGAAGAGGAGGAGGCCGUGGUGGAGAGUCCUGUGGAAAAAGACCUUGGCAUUGCAAAUAUCAUGGGAGAGAAAAUAGAGAUCAUUGGCCCCGUGAACUCCCCUUCCCUAGACUUCAACGACAACGAAGACAUUCCCACUGAGCUCAGUGACUCGUCAGAGACCCAUGAUGAAGGGGAAGUUCAAGCCUUUUACGAGGAUCUGAACGGCCGUCAGUAUGUGAAUGAAGUGUUCAACUUCAGCGUGGACAAACUGUACGACUUGCUUUUCACGGACUCCCAGUUCCAGAGGGACUUCAUGGAACAGCGCCGUUUCUCUGAUAUUAUCUUUCAUCCCUGGAAGAAGGAAGAAAAUGGCAAUCAGACCAGAGUGAUCUUGUACACCAUUACCCUCACCAACCCUCUGGCCCCCAAAACUGCCACUGUCACUGAGACGCAGACAAUGUACAAAGCCAGCCAAGAAAGCGAGUGCUAUGUCAUAGAUGCAGAGGUGCUAACUCACGACGUCCCCUACCAUGAUUAUUUCUACACCAUUAACCGCUACACGUUGACUCGUGUUGCCAGAAACAAAAGCCGACUCAGGGUUUCCACGGAGUUACGUUACCGGAAACAGCCUUGGGGGCUUGUAAAAUCCUUUAUUGAGAAGAAUUUUUGGAGCGGCCUAGAAGAUUAUUUCCGUCAUUUGGAGAGCGAACUGACCAAAACCGAGAGCACGUACCUGGCUGAGGUCCACAGACAAUCCCCCAAAGAGAAAGUGAGCAAGCAAUCGACUGUGCGCCGGAGGAAACGGGCCCAUGCCCAUCUGCGGGUGCCACACUUGGAGGAGGUGCUGAGUCCCGUCACCACCCCCACGGAUGAGGAUGUUGCACAUCGAAUCAAGCAUGUGGCAGGUUCCACUCAGACACGGCACAUCCCUGAGGAGAGCCCCAGUGGCUUCCACCUGCAGAGUGUCUCCAAGCUGCUCCUUGUCAUCAGUUUUGUUCUGGUGCUGCUGGUCAUUCUCAACAUGAUGCUGUUCUACAAACUCUGGAUGUUGGAGUAUACUACACAGACGCUCACAGCAUGGCAGGGCUUGCGGCUACAGGAAAGGUUACCCCAGUCUCAGACAGAAUGGGCCCAGUUACUAGAAUCUCAGCAGAAGUAUCAUGACACAGAGCUACAAAAAUGGCGCGAGAUCAUCAAAUCUUCGGUGAUGCUUCUAGACCAGAUGAAGGAUUCACUAAUAAAUCUUCAGAAUGGCAUCGGGUCCCGGGACUUCGGGUCAGAUCCAGAGGAGAAACGGAAACGUUUC